GGACCCGCCCAAAAAAUGCAGUGUGCUCCCCAAGAAAACCCGACCCAACCCUAUCUUUCCAACCGAAAGGGAAGACGCUUCUCAUCUCGCUUUUCCUAUAUAAACUUCCCCUUCUCCAUCCUUCAACCAAAACCUCAAUUGUAGCUCCACCUGUCGUCUUCUGCAUCACACAGAGCACUAUUUGCGAUCUGUAAGCUCCCUUUCUUUUUCACAAUCACCGGUUGCACUCUCAGCUUUUUACGAUCUGGGCAUUAGUUAAUUGCUCGACUCUUAUGUUUCUUUGAUUGCUGAAUCCGCAGUGCUUUUAAGAUAUGGCUGCCAAGAAGAGCGUUGGGUCUCUGAAGGAGGCUGAUUUGAAAGGGAAGAGAGUGUUUGUCAGGGUGGAUCUCAAUGUUCCUCUCGACGACAACCUCAAGAUCACCGACGAUACCAGGGUUCGCGCCGCUGUUCCCACCAUCAAGUACUUGAUGGAUCACGGCGCCAGAGUCAUCCUCUCCUCUCACUUGGGUCGCCCAAAGGGUGUUACUCCUAAGUACAGCUUGAAGCCUCUGGUGCCAAGGCUGUCUGAACUGCUUGGAGUCGAGGUUAAGAUGGCUAAUGACUGUGUUGGUGAGGAAGUUGAGAAAUUGGUUGCCGAAACCCAAAAUGGAGGUGUGCUGCUCCUUGAGAAUGUGAGAUUCUACAAGGAGGAGGAGAAGAACGAUCCCGAGUUUGCUAAGAAGCUUGCUUCUCUUGCUGAUGUCUAUGUCAAUGAUGCCUUCGGUACUGCCCAUAGGGCCCAUGCUUCCACCGAAGGAGUUGCCAAAUUCGUGAAGCCUGCUGUUGCUGGCUUCCUCAUGCAGAAGGAACUUGAUUAUCUUGAUGGAGCUGUUUCGAACCCCAAGAAGCCAUUUGCUGCAAUUGUUGGGGGGUCGAAGGUGUCAUCCAAGAUUGGCGUGAUCGAAUCUCUAUUGGAGAAGGUCGAUGUGCUGUUGCUGGGUGGAGGAAUGAUCUUUACAUUCUACAAGGCCCAAGGAAAGGCAGUGGGGUCAUCCCUUGUGGAGGUAGACAAGCUCGAGCUGGCUACUACACUCUUUGAGAAAGCAAAGUCCAAGGGCGUGUCCCUAUUGUUGCCUACUGAUGUGGUCAUUGCUGACAAAUUUGCUGCUGAUGCCAACAGCAAGGUGGUGCCAGCAUCGGAGAUCCCUGAUGGGUGGAUGGGUUUGGAUAUCGGGCCAGAUUCCAUCAAGACGUUCAGCGAGGCAUUGGAUACCACCAAGACCGUCAUCUGGAAUGGACCAAUGGGUGUGUUCGAGAUGGAUAAGUUUGCAGUGGGAACCGAGGCAAUUGCCAAGAAGUUGGCUGAGUUGAGUGGGAAGGGUGUGACAACGAUCAUUGGAGGAGGAGACUCGGUUGCUGCAGUGGAGAAAGUUGGGUUGGCUGACAAGAUGAGCCAUAUAUCCACUGGAGGAGGUGCAAGUUUGGAGCUUCUGGAGGGGAAGCCACUCCCUGGAGUCCUUGCUCUUGAUGAGGCAUGAAGCAGCUCUAAGCUGUAAGGGGUAUGUGGGAUGGACCUUGGAGGGGAAUGGUUGUUGUCUGCAAUUUUUGUGUCUUUUGGUGGAUUCUGCAUAGUCUAUGGAGAGGGUUGGUUUUAUAACCCCAUUGAGUGGAUGAACUCUUUAUGAUAUCCUUUUGUAGAGUGAUGAGAGCGAGGCUGUAGAGGGAUAUAUGAUGCUUUAAAUAAGCGGGCUUUCUUUCUUUGAAUGAAAGGAAUGCAUCAUGAUUGAUGCCUAAUCCCAAUAUGUGCUUGAGUCCUUGAAUUUCGUUUAUUCGGAGCUCCCAUUUUAAGCGAGCUUAGCAACACAUUGGCUUUGAAAGUUUAGUUAAGCAAGUUACUGGAUAACCAAAAUCUCUUGAUGUGGCCUAUUGUAAGGUAGUUAAAAUUGUGCUUAAAAAGUUUACGCUUUAACAUUUCUAAUUUUCUAUGUUAGUAAUAUGCUUCUACAUAAAAUAGUGUGAUUUUCACUUACAAUAUGUGUUUUAGACGAUUUUGACUGCAAACAGACGGCACAUGCAAUUAACUUGCUUAGCUACGAAAUGGAUGAAGGGCGACCAAGAAUAGGUCUAUCGCUAGUUUCGGCAUUUAACUUGCUUAGCCACUUGCCAAAGCUCUGUGCCAAGUUGGAUGAGCCGGCCGCUGAGUCUCUCACUUGCACACAACACAGAAACAGAAAAGGCCAGCAGAGAGUUUGGAGCAGCUGAAAUUGCUGGCCUGAGAAUGUACGGCCAAUUCCCCCGCCUUAUAAUAAAAAAACUAUUAUGGU